ACGAAGAAGAAUACGAUUGAGACGACGAAGAAGAAGGAGGAAGUGUGUGAUUGUUUCUAUUUAGUUAAUUUGCGACGAUUGUCCGACCCUUUGGCCUUACACAUACCAGGAUCCACCAACAAACACAAUGAAUCUGGAACGAGUGCCCAAUGAGGAGAAACUAACCCUAUGCCGAAAAUAUUAUUUAGGUGGCUUUGCAUUUCUGCCAUUCCUGUGGCUGGUCAAUGUAGUUUGGUUUUUUAAGGAGGCCUUUAUGAAGCCAGUUUACACUGAACAGCUGCAGAUCAAAACAUAUGUGAAGCGGUCAGCACUGGGUUUGUUGUUCUGGGUAACAGUACUGACCACAUGGAUCACUAUUUUCCAGCGCUUCAGAGCUGAGUGGGGGGAGGUGGGAGAUUACCUCUCCUUCACAAUUCCACUAGGAAUUCCUUGAAACUUUUCUAUGUCUUUUGAAAAUAACUAAUGAUCCACUAUAAAAGGACCAGAGAGUGUUUCUUCUUUAACUACAGUGAAAGAUUCUGAUGAAUUGUCUGGUCUCUGGAGGUAAAUUUAAUGGCUGAUCCACGUUGAAAUAUAAAUGGUCUAGGAUUCGAAAAGUCAUGUUUCUUUUUUUGUGCUUGCCAGGGCAUUUCAGAAAGUUCUUUGAGUUUCUUUUUUUUUUUUUUUUUUAAGAGUAAGCUAAUUAAUCCUGUUUACAGUCAUGAAAUAAUCUAACAGUAUCUAAUAAUUAAGUUGGAUGUGCAUUCCAAUUUGUUCAGGACAUUGAACAUUAGAUUCAACAAUGUUUUUUUCUUUUUGUGGAAUUUAAUAUUUGUGUGAUUGUGCACCCCAAACUGUUUGUACUUGUAUGACUGACAAAUAAAAAAAAAACAUCCA